AUGCGAACAUUAGAAUGGGAUAAUAUGGGAGUGAAAAUCGAUGGUGAGCAAUUAAACCAUCUUCGCCUUGCUGAUGACAUCGUCCUUAUAACACCAAACAUUAGCCAAGCAUCACGUAUGCUUGCCAACUUUGAUAAAGCAUGUGGAAAGAUUGGCCUUCUACUAAAUCUUACAAAAACGAUGUUUAUGAAGAACGGAUUGGUUUCAUGUGCCACAUUCUCGCUCAACGGAACGAAUAUCUCCGAAUGCUCCAGUUAUAUCUAUCUAAGUCGGGAAAUCAAUAUUAUAAGCGACUUAGCUCCAGAGCUGAACAGAAGGAAACGAACGGCUUGGGGAGCUUUGAAGAGUGUCGAGGAUGUAGUGAUGAUAGCAAAGAACACCCGACUCCGUGCCCACCUUUUCGACUCAACGGUACUUCCCUAA